AAGCAUUCAGUCAGGAAUGUGCAAAAUUGCUGGGAACCAUCACCUAGCCAUCCUGGAGCUCCGCAGCUAUUCCAGUGUUAGCACUGACUGAGCAGGACCUCAUAGCACUGACUGAUACAUGCCAACAGGGCCAUUGCCCAAACAGCAAGCACUGGAGUGUCAGACUGCCUGAUUGUCAAGGCAAUAUCAAAAUUAACAAUUCUCUAAUAGCUAACACCUUACUGUCCGGGACCAUUCUUUCCUGGUUCUUCAAUCAACAUCCCUUGCCACGUAAAGCAAUGCAGCGCUCAAAACAUCUUGCUAUUAAUACAGACAAGCAGUGGGAGGUGGAAAGACGUAGUGCUAAACGGGCAGAAGCCAGGCUUACCAAUGGCAUUCAUGAAAUAGAAGAAGCCCAACUGUACCAUGUCAACAACAUGAUAAAGGAGCAGAAACGUAUCCAAAAGGAUCUCAUGAGAAUCAAAGAAGCAUCCAGGAAGACGUCUGGCAAUCCUAGAGAUAAACACCCCAACUAUAGCGCUGGUAGAGUACUCCAGCAUCCAACCAACAAUGAUGGGAGGAGCCAACAUUCUGUCCCUGGCAUAGUAGGUGGACGCACAGUUAAAAAGACAGAGCCUAUGACAGCAGGGCCAGUGAUGGCAUCUGGCUCAUCUAUGACUCUACAGAUGCGUUUAAACGACUUCAUGGAUGGUUUUAACAGCAGGGGGGCAAAAAUGGGGCCUCCAACUGUACCUAAACCAGAGUCUGAGUCCAGCUCUACAGAAAAUAACAUGAGUGCAGUAAAUAAGAUUGCUGCUAAGAGACUGAGUAUCUCAGAGAAUCCCACAGCGACAGAAGAAUCAGUCUCCAACAGUGAGGAGCAAGGCCCAUCUUCUGACAUUCAUACAGAGACCAAUGAAAACGUAGUUGAAACUGUUCAGAAAUCUUCUACAGAUGUUGUUCCUCAAAGCCUGGGCCAUACUAACACUCAGUCUGUUAGACAAAGGAGUGGUUCUCUCUUUAAAGAAAACCUUGUUUUUGAUAAGGAAGUUUACGCCCCCGAUGGAAGUCUCCGCACCAUGCAUACAAUGCCUGACCUCAUGCAAUCCCUGGAAGACGCUAGGAAAGCCAGAUAUAUACGACACAGACACAGACCCGACUUUGAGAAAGAGCUGAGUAUACAAGAAAUUUUCCAAAAGGAUCAAGGUGGAAAUUCUCAUGUCAAUUCAUCUAAAGGAAAUGCCGGCAAUGUUAGGAAAAAAUAACAUUUAAACAAUAACAAUAGUCAGGCGUGACUUAUAAUCUACAUGGAACCUAUCAAGACUUUGUUAAAAAAUCCUUGGCAAGACCUUUAAUAACUUUUUGAUACCUAAACAGGGUACAUAUUUGGAGUUGGUUAGAGUGUAAUCAUCAAAGUUUCUCAAAUUAGUCUUCAGACCUACAGUAAUGUAUUACGUUUUAGAAAAGAAAAAAUGGCAGUACAGGCAUGGGACCUGUUAUCAAGAAUGCUUGGGA